AUGGAUAUCGUCAGCUUAGAGAGGAAACUGUUGGUGUUGGAGUCGUGUGCAGCAGCUGAAGCUGCACAGGCAGCAGCAAAUCACCGUGAGCAGCAGCAGCAGCUGCAGCAGCAGCAGCGGCAGUUGUCUUUGGCUUUAAGUCAACGUGAGGAGGAGGUGCAGCAGCUUCUAUCUGAGCGGAAGUCUCUGCAGCAGCAGCUGCAGCAGCAGCAGCGGGCCCUGCGUGGGGCCCGGCGGCAGGGGCGCCAGGCAGCAGCAGCAGCAGCAGCAGCAGCAGAAGAUGCUGUGUUUCAGCGGCUCUCUGAAUGGAGAGAUUCCUUAGUCCGUACAACAGUGGAAGCAGCACAGAGUUGCUGCAGUGACUUUUGCUGCAGCAGCAGCACCACUGCGAGCAGCUGCAGCAAGCGCAGCAGCAGCAGCAGCAGCAGAAACAGCAGCAGCAGCAGCAGCAGCAGCAGACACUGGAAAAGAUGCAGCAAACGAGUUGCUGCUGCACAGCGGCGACGCCGCGAGGUCUUGGGUUUAGUGCAGCGGCUAGCAGCAGCAGAAGUAGCAGUGAAGGAGUUAGCUGCUAUCAUUGAAGAGGCAGCAGCAGCAGCAGCUCACGCCUCCCCUCCUCCCCACACAGACAUGCAGCAGCAGCUGCAGCUGCAGCUGCAACAGCAGCAACAGCAGCAGCAGCAGCAGCAGCAGCAGCAGCAGCAGCAGCAACACCUCCUGAGGACCGCUUCGCCUUCUCUGGGUUUUGGCGUCUCCCCCUCUCCCCCCAGAAUGUUUGUGGGGGCCCAAGGGCCGGAGGAAGAAACAGAGGAGACAAACAAAACAAACAAAACUGCAGUGUCUGUACACUGCAACUCUGCUUCCUGCUGCAGCUGCAGCUGCAGCAGCAGCAGCAGCAGCAGCAGUAACAGCAACUCAUGCGCCUACGCGUGCCUCUGCUGCUGGAGCCCAGAGAGUGGCAUGGCUUUGCAGCAGCAGCAUCAGCAGCUACUUGCUGCAUAUGCAGCGCAGCAGCAGCAGCUGCAGCAGGCCCUAGGGGCCCUCAGACGCUCCGCCUUGGAGGCCGACCGCCUCCAUAACAAUUUGCUGCUGCAGCAGCAGCUGCGGCUGCUGCAGGAGGAGACAACACUGAAGCAGCAGACAGCAGCAACAGAGGCAGAAGAACUCAAACACAAAGUGGCCAGGCUGCAGGCCCCCGGCCCGUCUUCUUGCAGCGGCUCUGUUGAGCGGCUGUUCUCUCUUCUUACUGACCUUUGUCUUCGCCUCGCAUUUCUGGAGAAAAAACAAAGUGCGGCGCUGCAGCCCUUGUCAGUGCAGCAGCAGCAGCAGCAGCAGCAACAGCACCAGCAACAGCAGCAGCAGCAACAACAGGAGCAGCAACAGCAACAGGAGCAGCAACAGCAACAGGAGCAGCAACAGCAACAGGAGCAGCAGCAACUCCUACAGCAAACGCAGCCAUCCGAAGAGUCUCUCAUUGCCUACCGGCUGCUCUUGGGGGCUUUGCUGCAGCACAUGCAGCGGCAGCAGCUACUGCUGCAGCAACUGGCGCAGCAGCAGCAGCAGCAGCUCCCGCAGCAGGACCUGCAGCAGCAAGGGGACGGCUUAAUCACAACAAUAACGCCCAAAGCCGCUGCCCCUGCUGCUGUUGCUGCUGCUGCUGCUGCUGUUGAAGCUGAUGCAGCAGCAGCUGCUGCUGCUCCUGCUGCUUCUGGGUUAGGCGUUGAGGUCCUUUGGCUGUUUCUCUCUGCAGCAAACUCAGGCGCGAACUGCAGCAAGUGUGCUGCACAAGGCUUUGUCUCUGCUGCUGUUGCUGCUGCUGCGGGUCAUCAGCAGCAACUCGAUGAAGCAGCAAGAGAGGAAGCUGUGGCGCUGCUGCAGCAGACACAAAACAUUGGCGGCCUGCUGCUGUAUAUUGUUGCAGCGCAGCAGCAAAUUGCGGCGCUGCUGCAAACAGCCACAGGAAGUGCGUCAGACGGCCCCCCGCCCCUCAGCGCACCCCCUGCUGCUGCUGCUGCUGCUGCUGCUGCUGCUGACGGCGCUGCUGCUGGGAGAGCAGCGCAGAAACUGUCAGUAGAAGGAGGAGAAGCAGCAGCAGCAACAGCAGCAGCAGCAGCAGCAGCAGCAGCAGAAGGUACGGUGGGUCUGACAAGAGAGGAUGCAUGGGAAUGCUGGGUGCUGCUGCGGGAGGUGCACCGGUCGGCAGCAGCAGCAGCAGCAGCAGCGGCAGCACAUGCGCAUGCACAAGCUUUCCGUUCAUCUCUAUAUGAGACUGUUGCUGCUUCGCUUGGGCGAGCUGAAGAGACAAACGCCAAAGCAGCAGCAGCAGCAGCAACUGCAGCAGCAGCAACUGCAGCAGCAGCAUCGCUGCUACCUCUUCCAGCUAAAACAGCAGCAGAGGCAGAAACAGCAGCGGGGGCAACAGAAACCGCAGCAGGUCCCGAAGCAGCAGCACCUGCUGCUGCUGCUGCUGCUGCUGCUGCUGCUUCAUCAUCAGUUCCUG